AUGAUCAUCCCAACGGCACCUCAGGUCCAUCCCAUGUGCUCAGUCAAGGCGAUGAAGGUCUUCUCACACACCAGCGCCACCAUUCCCGUCUCUCCGACGCUUGACCGUAACGCGCGCCGCGUUCUGCACAUCGCCAACCCCAUCCAAUCCGGUCUCAACGGCUCUCGGUCGGCGACCCUCCUCAGCACUCGCCCAUGGCAGCGAUUGAUCCCCUGCACAUCGUCAGCGGCAAGUUCUCAAGGUCGCCCGCCGCGCCUCGCACGUCGCCCCGCUCUUCACCAACACAUGGCCGCUUCCUGCACACCGCCAACGCCACCCGACCCGGUCUCACGGUGCUACCCGUCGGUUGGCAUCCCUCUUCAGCACAUGCUCGCGGCGGUGAUGGCCCCCUGCACUGCGUCAGCGGCAAGUUCCCGAGCUUCGGUUAAGGCCGCGCCGCGCGUCUCGCGCAUCGCACCACUCUGGACCAACACCCGGCGGCGCUGCCCUUUCUUGCGUCGGACCAAGGUCGCGGACGUCUGCUUGCACAUCGGCGCCGUCCUCGAAGUUCUUUACCCGCUCGUUAAGGUCCCGAAGCGUGUCUUGCACGCCGUCACAGUUCGUAUCGACAUCCAGCGCUGCUCCAAAAUUGUCCUCAGCACCUGA